AUGACAACCGAACAAUUUGUACCAUUCUCUGUUGUUUCUGUGGUCGAAGAUGUUCUUCAACAACAUGGUGGCCGUUUAGACGUCAACUUGGCGUCAAGAAAAGCUGAAGAAGCUUCCUUGAGAAGAUAUGAAGCAGCUGGUUGGCUGCGAAAGACAGUUGGAGUUGUUGGAGGGAAAGACUUGCCAGCUGAGCCUUCUGAAGAAGACUUCAGGAUUGGAUUGCGUAGUGGGAUUAUCCUCUGCAAUGUUCUUAACAAAAUUCAACCUGGAGCAGUGCCCAAGGUAGUUGAAGGUUCAUGCGAUUCUGUUAUUAUUCCUGACGGGGCAGCACUGUCUGCGUUUCAAUAUUUUGAAAAUGUAAGGAAUUUUCUUGUAGCUAUGGAGGAAAUGGGGCUUCCAACCUUUGAAGCUUCUGAUUUGGAACAGGGAGGAAAAUCUUCAAGGAUAGUGAAUUGUGUUCUAGCUCUCAAGUCCUACGCUGAAGGGAAACAUGGAGGAAGACAUGGGUCAUGGAAAAAUGGUGGGGCUGGGAAUCCAAAGCCACCUACCUCCGGGAAACCAAUUGCGAGGAAAAACUCUGAACCAUUCAUGAAGUCUUUAUGGACUAUGUCAUCAGGGGACAGAGAUGGUUAUAUGAGUGAUCCCGGGCAUGAUCCAAAUGAAGGGGGUUCCUUUCCUUCCUUAAAAGCACUAGUUCGUGAAUAUUUAUUUGAGAAGAAGCCAGAAGAAAUUCCCAUUGUGGUAGAAUCCCUCCUUAGCAAAGUCAUGGAAGAAUUUGAACAUCGCAUGCAAAUCCAACAAGAAACGUGUAAAACAACUCAAGAAGAUAAGGCACCAUCUGAAACAGAAUGUUCAAUUUCCAAAGCUGCUUCAGUUGAUGAAGAGACUGAAGAAAAGGAAGAUGAACCGGAGGAAGUACAGGAUAAAAAAGAGGAAUUUUAUGAAGAGAAGUACAAUGGUCAUGAAGAAUCAAACAUCCAGAGUUUGAUUUUGAAGCAGCAAAAGAUAGUAGAACAACAAAACAGAAGCAUCCAAGAAUUGAAAAUCAUCGUCCAUCAAACAAAAUCAGGAAUGCAGUUUAUGCAGAAGGAACACCAGAAGGAGAUCAUUAAUUUAAGUAAGCACUUGCAUAGCCUAUCUUCUGCUGCUUCAGGAUACCACAAAGUCCUUGAAGAAAACCGCAAGCUAUAUAAUCAAGUGCAGGAUCUGAAAGGAAACAUUAGGGUGUACUGUAGAGUACGACCCUUCUUGGGUGGGCAACCAAGUCAUCAUAGUGCUGUGAGUAACGUGGAAGCGGGAAGUAUCUCAAUCAUAACACCUUCCAAAUAUGGGAAAGAGGGGAGGAAGAUAUUUAAUUUCAACAAAGCGUUUGGUCCUUCUGCAACACAAGGGGAAGUUUUCUCAGAUACACAGCCUCUGAUUCGUUCUGUUCUGGAUGGUUACAAUGUCUGUAUAUUUGCCUACGGCCAGACGGGAUCAGGAAAAACGUUUACUAUGUCUGGACCAGACGAUCUUAAUGAGGAAACCAUAGGUGUCAACUACCGUGCACUGAGAGAUCUUUUCCAUCUCCAAGAGCAGAGGAAAGACACCAUUUCUUAUGAAAUCUCUGUUCAGAUGCUUGAGAUUUACAACGAGCAAGUCAAAGAUCUUCUAUCCACAGAUGGUUCUAACAAAAGAUAUCCUUUCUGUUGCUAUAAUUAAAAGUAUUUUCCAUGUCAUACAUUAGAAAUUCGCAACAGUUCCCAUAAUGGCAUCAACGUGCCAGAUGCGAACCUUGUUCCCGUUUCAUGCACGGACGAUGUCAUAAAUUUAAUGAACUUGGGACAUAAGAAUCGAGCCGUUGGUGCCACUGCCAUGAAUGAUCGUAGCAGUCGCUCUCACAGCUGCCUAACAGUUCAUGUUCAAGGAAGGAACCUGACAUCUGGAAGUGUUAUUCGUGGUAGUAUGCAUCUUGUUGACCUGGCAGGAAGUGAGAGAGCUGAUAAAACAGAGGCCACAGGGGAUAGACUUAAGGAGGCUCAACACAUCAACAAGUCACUUUCUGCCUUGGGAGAUGUAAUUUCUUCCCUUGCAUCCAAGAAUGCACAUGUUCCCUACAGGAACAGCAAACUUACUCAGCUGCUUCAGGAUUCUCUUGGAGGGCAAGCAAAGACCCUUAUGUUUGUUCAUAUUAGUCCCGAGCCUGAUGCUCUAGGAGAAACACUUAGCACACUCAAGUUCGCGGAACGGGUCUCCACUGUUGAACUCGGUGCUGCACGAGUUAACAAAGAUAAUUCAGAUGUGAAAGAGCUUAAAGAACAGAUUGCUAGUCUGAAGGCCGCAUUAGCGAGAAAGGAGGGAGAAGGAGAACACUUUCCACAUUCUGUGAAUAAUAGCCCUGAAAUACCAAAGUUGAAAUCAUAUGCUUCCUCUCCUCCUAUGCAACGUAGUUGGACACCUGGAGCCCGUAAGCUGCCAAGAGAUGAUUCUAGUAGCUUGGAGGGCCAGAAAAAGGCAGCGACAAAGUUGAAAAGGCGAAGCCUAGAUCUCCAUGACAUGUAUAGGAAUUCACCUCCGUGGCCACAUGUUGGAAAUCAUGGAAAGGAUGAAGACAAGGAAUCAGUUUCUGGGGAUUGGGUUGAUAAGAUUUCAAUGAACAGGAAUGACAGUUUAACUAGUGAUGACAGCCUUGUGGGACAGUGGGAAGCAGAGAGUAAACAGUUUUCUCCAUUGUUAAGUCCCACUUCUCUCUCAGAGCCUUCUAAAAUAUCCCUUGACCACUCAGAUGAAUCUGAUGAACAUGACAUGGCAACUAGUGAUUCUUCAGAAUCAGACUUGCAUUGGCCAUCACAUGUACCUAAACCAACCGGCAUUCCAAACGGAUUAGGCUCUAAACCAAACAAACCAACCAAAACCAGACUAGCAAAGAAUCCAGAAACCAGGAGUAUGAUCCCAUCAUUGAUUCCUACCCCAUCAAAGAAACAACCCACCUUAGCUACUCAAGCCAGAAAGCAUCCAGGAUCUAUAGAUGUGAAAAAGAGGACAGGGAGUGCCAAGUGAGAAUGCCCUUCUU